AUCGCCACAGGCCCGGCCGGACCGGGAGGGCUCAGCAAGAACGCCGCGGCGAAGAAAACCGACCGGCACCCGUAGUCCCAAAGCGGCCGCGCCGAGCUCCAUGAAUGGAAAUCAGCAGUGCAGGACCCGUUGGGGCACAGCCCCUCCUCAUGGUGCCCAGACGUCCUGGCUAUGGCACUAUGGGCAAGCCCAUUAAAUUGCUGGCCAACUGCUUCCAAGUUGAAAUCCCAAAGAUUGAUGUCUACCUCUAUGAGGUGGAUAUUAAGCCAGACAAGUGUCCUCGAAGGGUGAACAGGGAGGUGGUGGAUUCAAUGGUGCAGCAUUUUAAAGUAACAAUAUUUGGGGACCGUAGACCAGUUUAUGAUGGUAAAAGAAGCCUUUACACAGCCAAUCCACUCCCUGUGGCCACUACUGGGGUGGAUUUGGAUGUUACAUUGCCAGGAGAAGGAGGCAAAGAUCGUCCCUUCAAGGUGUCAAUAAAAUUUGUCUCCCGGGUGAGCUGGCACUUGCUGCACGAGGUACUGACAGGACGAACCUUGCCUGAACCUCUGGAACUGGACAAGCCAAUCAGCACUAACCCUGUUCAUGCUGUUGAUGUGGUGCUACGACACCUGCCCUCCAUGAAGUAUACACCUGUAGGCCGCUCAUUUUUCUCUGCUCCAGAAGGAUAUGACCACCCUUUGGGAGGCGGCCGAGAAGUAUGGUUUGGAUUCCAUCAGUCUGUUCGGCCUGCGAUGUGGAAAAUGAUGCUGAAUAUUGAUGUUUCUGCCACUGCCUUCUACAAAGCACAACCUGUAAUUCAGUUCAUGUGUGAAGUUCUUGAUAUUCACAACAUUGAUGAACAGCCACGACCUUUGACUGAUUCUCACCGGGUAAAAUUCACCAAAGAGAUAAAGGGUCUGAAGGUUGAAGUGACUCAUUGUGGAACAAUGAGACGGAAGUACCGUGUCUGUAAUGUUACAAGGAGACCUGCCAGUCAUCAAACCUUCCCUUUGCAGUUAGAAAAUGGUCAGACUGUGGAAAGAACAGUAGCACAGUACUUCAGAGAAAAGUACAACCUCCAGCUGAAAUAUCCUCAUCUUCCUUGUCUACAAGUGGGACAGGAGCAGAAACACACCUACCUGCCUCUUGAAGUGUGUAACAUCGUGGCAGGCCAGCGAUGUAUCAAGAAGCUGACUGACAAUCAAACAUCAACCAUGAUCAAAGCGACAGCAAGAUCUGCCCCAGACAGGCAAGAAGAAAUCAGCAGGCUGGUGAGAAGUGCGAACUAUGAUGCAGACCCAUUUGUUCAGGAGUUUCAGUUUAAAGUUCGCGAUGAGAUGGCUCAUGUAACAGGGCGUGUGCUUCCAGCUCCCAUGUUGCAAUAUGGAGGGAGGAACCGAACAGUAGCAACACCGAGCCAUGGUGUAUGGGAUAUGCGAGGAAAACAAUUUCACACUGGUGUGGAGAUCAAGAUGUGGGCCAUAGCUUGCUUUGCAACACAGAGGCAGUGCCGCGAAGAGAUACUGAAGGGUUUCACAGACCAGCUGCGCAAGAUCUCCAAGGAUGCAGGGAUGCCAAUCCAGGGCCAGCCCUGCUUCUGCAAAUACGCACAAGGUGCAGACAGCGUGGAGCCCAUGUUCCGGCACCUUAAGAACACGUAUUCUGGGCUCCAGCUCAUCAUAGUCAUCCUGCCAGGGAAGACACCAGUGUAUGCGGAGGUGAAGCGUGUGGGAGAUACACUUUUGGGUAUGGCCACACAGUGUGUUCAAGUAAAGAACGUCAUAAAAACAUCUCCUCAGACCCUCUCAAACUUGUGCCUAAAGAUUAAUGUAAAACUUGGAGGAAUCAAUAACAUCCUUGUACCUCAUCAGCGACCUUCUGUAUUCCAGCAACCAGUGAUUUUCUUGGGUGCAGAUGUUACUCAUCCACCUGCUGGGGAUGGGAAGAAGCCAUCCAUAGCUGCUGUUGUAGGCAGCAUGGAUGCCCAUCCAAGCAGGUAUUGUGCCACAGUAAGAGUUCAAAAGCCUCGCCAGGAGAUCAUCCAAGACUUAGCCUCCAUGGUUAGAGAGCUUCUCAUUCAGUUUUACAAGUCAACACGGUUCAAACCCACACGAAUUAUUUUCUACCGUGAUGGGGUGUCAGAAGGACAGUUUCGCCAGGUGUUAUAUUAUGAGCUGCUAGCAAUUAGAGAGGCCUGCAUCAGCUUGGAAAAGGAUUAUCAACCAGGCAUAACAUACAUUGUUGUGCAGAAGAGGCAUCAUACAAGACUGUUUUGUGCAGAUAGGACAGAAAGGGUUGGAAGAAGUGGCAACAUCCCAGCUGGAACAACUGUAGACACAGACAUCACGCAUCCAUAUGAAUUUGAUUUUUACCUCUGUAGCCAUGCAGGAAUACAGGGUACCAGCCGUCCCUCACAUUAUCAUGUAUUGUGGGAUGAUAACUGUUUUACUGCAGACGAACUUCAGCUGCUAACCUACCAGCUCUGCCACACCUAUGUGCGCUGCACACGGUCUGUGUCUAUACCUGCACCAGCGUAUUAUGCUCACCUGGUAGCAUUCAGAGCAAGAUACCAUCUUGUGGACAAAGAACAUGACAGUGCUGAAGGAAGCCACGUUUCAGGACAGAGCAAUGGGAGAGAUCCCCAGGCACUUGCAAAGGCUGUACAGAUUCACCAAGACACCUUACGCACCAUGUACUUUGCUUAGCUAUUAAAAAAAGAAGAAUGAAGCCUAUUCAGA